AUGAACGAGGGUGGCUGUUUCGUCCCAAACGGCAGCGGCGGGCCCGCUUUGCCGCGCGGAGUGGCGCAUCCGCGCGGCAAAGCGGGCGCAGUUCCCGGGUGGCAGCAGAACAAUGCCGCGUUUCCUGUGAAACCUCGCAGUCACAACAAGAGGAGGAAGAGGAAAAACGACAGCAGCUCUGGAUCGGGAAUCGUCGUCGACUUGCCUUGCGUGACAACACGGGGAUCGCGUUGCUCCUUUCCGACCUGCAGCAUGUCUGAUCUACUGAGAUACAUCGACUACGACCACAAAGCCACGUUCCUGAAGAUGCUCAACCAGCAGCGGAUGGAGGGCGAGCACUGCGACGUGGUGGUGGUGGUGGAGAACAUCGAGUUCCGGGCCCACCGCUGCGUGCUGGCCGCCUGCAGCAACUACUUCAAGAAGCUGUUCAAGAAGCAGAGCGACGAGGACAACUCCAUCGUGGAGCUGGACUUCAUCCGCUCGGACAUCUUCGAGGAGGUGCUCAACUACAUGUACACGGCGCGGCUGGCGGUGCGCAAGAAGGACAUCAACAUGAUGAUGUCGUCGGGCCAGAUCCUGGGCAUCAACUUCCUGGACAACCUGUGCACGCAGAAGCGGGAGCUGACCAACAUGAAGACCCGGGAGAACCAGGCGCCGGGCGACCACGGCAUGCGGGCGCAGGACGCCAUCCUGAAGGAGCUGGCCAUGGAGGAGGUGAGGAAGAACAGCUUCUACGACCAGGGCAUGGACGGCAUGGGCCCCGGCGGCUCGCACGUGGCCGCGCCGCACAACUACAACACCAGCAUGGGCAAGGACCCGCACAACCACAGCUGGGGCUCGGCCACCUCCAGCGACAUGAAGCUGGAGUACCUGCUCUACGGCCACCGCGACCACGGCUCCUGCCAGGGCGCCGGCGCCAAGCCGCUGGACCACAACGCCAAGAAGGAGCGGCUGCUGACCGCCAACCGGCCCUACGGCUGCGAGCACUGCCCCAAGGCCUUCACCACCGCCGCGCACCUCAAGGAGCACCUGAAGAUCCACUCGGGCUUCAAGCCGCACCGCUGCGUGGUGUGCGGCAAGGCCUUCAUCCGGGGGCCCGACCUGAAGCGCCACGAGCGCGUGCACAGCAACGAGCGGCCCUUCGCCUGCCAGAUGUGCGAAAAGGCCUUCAAGCACAAGUCCCACCUGAAGGACCACGAGCGGCAGCACCGGGGCGAGCGGCCCUUCAACUGCGGCUCCUGCGACAAGGCCUUCAUCAAGGCGUCGGACCUGAAGCGCCACUGGAACACCAUGCACAGCGGCAACCCGCGCAGACAGAUGUCGCUGUCGCCCGUGGCCUCCCAGCACGGCCAGGCGGACGCCGCCGACCAGAGAGACUGGAAAAUGGAGACCGGCCCACACUCGCACAACUCCGGGGACUGCUGAGCCCGCGCCGCACACACACACACAUUUACACACACACACCCAUACGCACCCAUACACGUCCGAGACGAACCACACACACGCGGGCUGAGUGGCCUCGGGCCGCACGGACAGUGAUGCUGGGGGGGGGGGGGGGGGUAUCAUAG